AUGGAGUUCCCCAUGUUCACCAUUCCAGUCGAGACGCUGCUGCAGAUGACGACAAUAGAACCGCACGAGGAGCUUCAGGCCCAGGGAUCUCUCGUUGUCUUCGACCGGAGCAUGGGGAACGCAGCUUUCGUGUCGCAUCAGUGGCUGGCGAAGCACCAUCCGGAUCCAGAGCUGAAGCAAUUAAGGGUUCUGCAGGAUGCACUGCGGCAUCUUCUGCAUAAGCUGACUUCUGUUCCAGUGGAUCCGCUCACCGAAAUCUACGUACCCACGGCUGAGUCUCUCCCACUCCGCGACUUCCAGACGAAGCCGCUUUAUUUGUGGUACGAUUAUUUCUCCUGCCCGCAGCUUGGGCAAUCAUGUGAGAGCCGAAGCAAUGGCCGCUCGGGGAGUCAGCUAGCUGAUGCAAUCGACAGCAUUCCGGCCUACGUCGCAGAGUGCUCGUACUUUUUGGGGCUUUGCCCUGUGGUUGACUGCCCAGAUGACGGGAGGGUCCUGGGCCCCAUCAGCUGGGCUCAACGAGGCUGGUGCCGUGUUGAAAGAGUUUUGCGGGAACUCUCGCGAGAUGGCAGCUGGAUCCUCAUCAAAAGCGCUGAGUGCUUUGAGCUUGUCGGCACAGAGCUUGCCUUCGUUAGUGGCGCCGUCGGUGAGGGCGAGUUCACGCUGGCACAAGACCGUUUCAAGCUUGCCCCAGUCUUGAAGGAGGCAGUCAGGCGAAAGCUGUUGGACUGCCUCGCAUCGUUCGACUUUGAAUCUUACCGGCUGCAUCUGAACAUGCAGACCGUUCAUCUGCGAGGCUUGAAUACCGAUCCUGUGACGGAUCUUGUUCCUGGUUUCGAGCCGGGUUUCGGUGGCAUACCGGACGUGGUGGCAGAGUUUCUACACCAGAACGGCUUCCGAACCGUCCUCGACAUCGAUGGUGCCGGGUGGGCUCCGGUGCACUAUGCCGCAUUGGGUGGGCGAACAGACGUUAUUGAAGGACUGUUGCGGCAACACGCAGACCCCAACAGGCGGACUUCCAAGGACCAGCCGAAAGUAGGGUGUCCUGUCUCGAUGUCGGCACUCGACCUCACUAUGCUCUUCAAGCACAGCGAUGCAGCACGCCUGCUCAUAGCCGCGGGUGCUCGCAUGGAUGGCAGUAUGAUGCCGAGCAUGGCCUAUGCGUCGAUAUCCAACAAUCCAGAAGGGAUCCGCAUUCUGUGUAAUGCGGGUGUUGACCCACACACAGAAAAUCAAAUCAAUAUCCCAAUGCUUGAUUUCUGCAGUGGCUACGGGUCGCUUGCAGCGGUCGAGGCUCUUCUCGCCCAGGCGCUUCCUGGGACGCUGAAUUUGUCGCAGGCCCUCUGGGCCUCGAUGUGGUGCUGUCGUGGAGGCACGGCAGAAAUGGUCGAGCGCCUGGUCGGGCUCGGGGCAGACGUGAACCACCAGCGCAAGAUGAGAACCGGCUCGGCACUCGACAUCCUCCAAGUAGCCAAAGCCAAGUCACUUCAGCACCAGUCUGUCGAAGCCACAACUUUGGCGGCUCUUUGGUACCACAUUCGCGACAUGACGCCGCUGAUGGGAGCUAUAAUAACAGCCCAGUACGAAGGUGCCGCUGCCCUCAUCGCUUGUGGUGCACGCCUAGACUUGCGAAACGCAAAUGGUUGGACCGCAAAAGGCUUUGCAGCAGGCCAGUCAAUUCCUCGUUUUCUGAAACUGGCAUUCGAGGGGGAUGCUUCGGAAUGUUUAAAGGUGUACAGACUGGCUUUGGCCCACACCUCUGUUGAAAUCUGA